AUUAAAAUUCCAGAUAAACUUUAUCAAGCACAACUUCGCUCGAUAUUGUGUUUGUGGGAUAUUUCCCUGAACCUUUUCGAGAAAACAUGGCCAGUCACACCGAAGUAUUUCUUUUUUUUUUACUUAUGACUGCAUUUACUAUUGUCAAUAAUGUGGAAAGUCAUAAAAGGAAGAUUCGAACCAACAGACCCAUCAUUGGAAUAUUGACUCAAACAACGUACCUAACGCCUAUCAAAUAUCUGGGACAUACUUUCAUAUACGCUUCCUAUGUGAAGUUUCUGGAAUCAGCUGGAGCUCGUGUGGUUCCGAUCUUUCAUAACCGCACAAGAAAUCAGACUCACAAUUUAUGCAAAUCAAUCAAUGGUGCUUUACUGCCUGGGGAAGUUUCCAAUUUAACUGAAUCAUUAUAUGCGCUGGUAGCAAGAGACAUAUUUGAUUUUGCCGUGGAGACAUACGAUAAUGGAGGUUAUUUUCCAAUAAUGGGAAUAGGUCUUGGUCAUCAAAUGUUUGCCACAAUGUUUGAUAUCGUAAAUAAAGAUCUUCGAUUGCCCACAAACGGACCAAACAUUACAGAACCAUUAAACAUUCCACGCCAUUAUCGUCAAACUAAAAUGUUUAGUAAACUACCAAAAAAGCUGGCAAAAGAUUCGAAAAAGAUAAUUCUCUCCGGCCAUUUUCGUGAAUACAGUCUUCCGGUUGAAUUAUUCCAAAAUACCGCAAAUUUCAGCACAUUUUUCAGAAUCGUAACCUCCAAUGUCAAUAUGUAUGGAGAAGAAUUCAUAUCCACAAUGGAAGCAAAGGUAUAUCCGUUUUAUUCAAUGCAAUGGCACCCAGAAAAGUUUCAGUUUGAAUGGAACUCAGACGAAUACGUCCCGCACUCGUCCGCAGCUAUUCAAUUAAGUCAAUAUAUUUCAAAUUUCUUUGUGAACGAGGCAAAGUAUAGCAAACACAAAUUCCCAUCCAUGGAGGAAGAAAAUGAUGCUUUGAUAUAUAACUACAGUCCAACGUUUAUGUUGCCCCUUAACGAAAGUUCGAGUGCAGUCCAAAUUUACUUUCUGAAUUGACAUGAAUAAGAGAGGCUAAACCAAAGGUCAUUUUAAGGCCUCCCGUUUUCCAUAAUGUGCAAUUCUUUUUAAAAAAUGUGUGGUUCUAAAAUCUAAAUUGGGAGCUCCAAGCUUUGACUUUGGAGAAAGUGCGUAGAAUCCCUAACCCGAAGGUAAAAACGCCAAAACAUUUAAUCCUUAUUAUCUUGUAAAGUAAACGCAUAAAUUUAUUUUGUGUGAAAUUCAGCUCUAGACAGAAUAGCCAAUUUAGCCCCAUUAUCUCAUCAAAUCGGCAAUGGCUAAGAAGCAGCCCCUUGCCAUGGAAAGAAAUGAAAUUACUGAAAGCUUACAAUAAACAAGACUCGUAUAAUAUACGUAAGCACAUAAGUGCUUAACACCUUCAUUAAUAUACUUUACAUGCACAUAUUUUUAUCUCACUCAAAUUAAACUUCACAAAAAAGAAUUGAAAUAAAACAUAAUCUAUAUA